CGCGAGGUGUACCGCAAGGGCAUGACGGACAAGAAGGACCGCGCCGAGGAGGCGAGGGAGCUCGCGAGGGUCGAAGCAGCUGCCGCCGCCGCCAUGGGCCUCCCGCCACCGGCACCCGCCGACGCCCCGUCGUCGUCCAAGCCGAAAGCGACCGCGUCCGCCUCGACCUCGUCCGCCGCGCCCGACCCGUUCGCCAACUACUCGACGGCGGCGCAGCUCGGGUACCGCGACGAGGCGGCCGAGCGCGCGGCCGAGGAGGCGGGCAAGGAGGCCGACGAGGCCGAGCUGCGCAAGAGCGAGGGGACGAUCGGGCAGUGGCAGAAGGUGGCCAAGCCGGGCCCGGUCGCGCCGCCGGCGUGGGCGACGCAGGGCAAGGGCAAGGGGCGGGCAGAGGAGGGGUUCGUCGGCGCGGCCGUGCUCGGGAGCGCGGCGGCGGCGGCGGCGGCGGCCGGCAUCAAGCGCGAGCAGGGCGACGGCGCCGACAUCAAGCCCGACCCCGACGUCAAGCCUGCACCUCUCGCCGGCCAGGACGACGCCGACGACGACCCGAGCACCUCGACGGCCGCGACCAAGAAGCGCCGGGCGUUCCUCGCCGAGAAGUCGGCCAUCCCCGACGACGACGACGACGCCCUGUCGGACGGCGGCGCGCCGGCGCUCGGGCCCAUCAAGCUCAAGAAGCGGCGCCUGACGGUCAAGGAGCAGGCGGCCGAGGCGGCGGCGCUCGAGGCAGCCGAGCGCGAGGUGCGCGAGCGCGAGGAGCAGCGCGCGGCGAGGGCCAAGGAGGGGCGCAAGGCCGGGCAGUGGGAGAGCGUCGAAGUCGGCGCCGAGGGCGAGGCGGCGCUGCUCGAGUUUGAGCCGCUGCCGCCGGUUGUCGGUGAGGCGCAGGAGGGUGGCGAGGCGGGCGCGGUGGAGGACCGGGAGCAGGACAAGCCCAAGGUGGCGCCGAGCGCGUUCAAGAAGCGCAAGAUGCCCGGCGCGGCGGCGAGGAGGAAGUAGAAGACGGUGCAACGUGUGCACGAGGAGGACGUGCGCCGUC